AGGGAAACUUUGCUUCCCACAAUCAGAUCUAACCCUCUUGGCCACGGCGAGCAACAACGGGGUGUCCCGAACACAAGAGAAGCAGCGACCCAUUCAUAUUUUAUUAGUUUUAAAACAUCAGCCCCCUCGGACGAACCCGUUUUGCUCAACCCGCGAGCAAUAAGGCAGAACUACAGCUCCCAGAAGGCCUUUCGUUGGCGUAGGCCCUGUUGCCAGAAAUUACUGGAUGAAGCGCCUCAGCCGGAGACCAAUCAAAGCUCUAGGUGCUCUUGGGCGGAUGUUUCCUCCUCCUCCUGUGGAGAAGUGGGAGACUUUGAAAAGUUUCCAGGAUUGUGUUUCUUGUCACGAAAUAUAUGAACAUGGCAAGUAAGAAACUGAGAAGAGCAGGUUUGCCGCAGGAGCUUUGUAAGAGACUCAGUCGACAUCAGAUCACUACUUGUCAGGAUUUUUUAUGUCUUUCGCUACUGGAGUUAAUGAAAGUGACUGGACAGAGUUACUGGAAUGUACAGAAGCUUCUUCACACCGUCAGCCAAGCCUGUGCUCCCAGAAUGCAAACUGUUUAUGAAAUGAAAAUGAAAAGAACCACCAACCCUUCAUCAGCAUUCUUGCCCACAACACUGGGAGAUCUGGAUAAAAUAUUGCAUGGUGGGAUUGCCUGUGGCUCUCUUACAGAGAUAACUGGUCCAUCAGGUUGUGGCAAGACUCAGUUUUGUAUUAUGAUGAGCUUGCUGGCGACGUUUCCCACCAGCUUGGGAGGAUUGGAUGGGGCAGUUAUAUAUAUUGAUACAGAAUCUGCAUUCAGUGCUGAAAGGCUUCUUGAGAUGGCACGGCACCGUUUUCCUGAUUAUUUUGCCACAGAAGAAAAGCUGGUUUUAAUUGCCAACAGAAUUCAUCUUUAUCGGGAAUUCACCUGUCACAGUGUGUUGAAAAGGAUUGAAUCUUUGGAAGAAGAAAUUAUUUCAAAGAAUGCCAAACUAGUAGUAAUUGACUCUGUUGCUUCUGUAGUCAGAAAAGAAUUUGAUACAAAACUUCAAGGCAACCUGCAGCAAAGGAGCAACUUACUGAGUAGGGAGGCAUCAAUACUGAAGUACUUGGCUGAAGAAUUUUCAAUACCAGUUAUCUUGACGAAUCAGAUUACCACGUGGCUGAGCGAUGGCCUUGCUGUACAGGCAGACCUGCUGUCUCCAGCUGAUGACUUCUCUCUGUCUGAAGGCUCUAGAAAUGGAGAGCCUGGCUAUGUGACUGCAGCACUAGGGAAUACUUGGAGUCAUAGUGUGAAUACAAGACUCAUCUUGCAGUAUCUGGAUUCACAGACAAGACAGCUUCUGGUUGCAAAGUCCCCGAUUGCGCCAUUCACAUCUUUCCUGUACAGAAUUGAAAAUUCAGGGUUCGUUCUCCAAGCAGUCCCUGGAUCUGCCAGCUGGAGGAGUGAGAGAUCAAAAGGACCAGCCAUAUUGCGUUUGGGAAGGAACAAGUCCAGUGCUGCAAGCCAUAAAAGUGAGGAAAGACACCUUUAAAAAUGAACCUGAAAUGGUUUGAUCCAGUUUCCCCAGUGAGACUCCCUAGUACACAUCAGCAGUUACAAUAUGCAGGACUGCAAGCAGCUGGAGCAGCGAACACGUGCUUGAUAAGUGUAGAUACUAUUUCUUGGUCUGAAGCAACUGUUCCAUAUGAUGGCUACUAGAUUUUUCUGAAUAGAUAACGAACUCCGGAGUCUGUAAUCUUACACAUUCUCCUCAAUUAACAUUUGCAUAUUGGAAAGUAGUACACGCAACUUCCUUCUUCAGUUAAUAGUUGUGUGUUUUUCUGUACAUUUUAUAUUGAUCCCUAUCUCUUGUCUGAUGCAACAAAAGCUCAUCUACUGAGAUCUGAGAAGCUGCAGUGAACUUUGUCAUGCUUCAAAAUGUGUACGGCAUGAUUUUCAUAGCACAUUACCAGUAAAAUCUAAAAGAUCAACAUGAAUCACCACUACUUGGUUUCCAUUCUCAAAGCACUAUACAAAUAUUAGCUAAUGUCAUUCAAUCUUGCUUUAUUAAAGGAUAUACCAAACUAAUAGGAAAAAAUGACAGAAUUUGCCCAUACGUGAGAGGAAGGAUAUAUUCACAUGGCUGUUUUGCAGAGCAACAUGCAGCCAAUGCAAGCCACACUCAGCUGUGAUGUCAUCCUGAAUCUCUCACCAGGAGAAAAAUGUGGACAUGAAGGGGAGACCCGUUUUGGUGGCAAAGUCAGUCCAGCAGCCAAUGUGCUAUGAGUUAAUGAUAACCACAGUAACAAAUAGCCACUUCAUGAAUAUUAUUUUGAUGUAACUGUUACAAUACUCCUGUACAGUAGAUCGGCAUUAUCUUCCCCAUAUUACAGAUAUGGAGCAGAAAGAGAGUGGCUCAUCACCAAGUAGGUUUAUGGCAGAGAUGCUGUUAAGAGAACUUUUUUAGCUGCCAUGUUACAAUAGAGUUCAGAUGGAAAGAUACCUGCUUUUAAAAUGGAUCCACUUAGAUUGCUUCUUUCACUUUGGUUAAGCACACAGGUGCCAACCUACACACUCCAAGGAGGCCAGGCAAUAUCCUACCUAAGGACUACAUUGUCUUCCAUACUUCAAUAACAGGAGUAAAAAAAA